AUGACUAAUUUUAGGCUGCAUUCUUUAGUUGCUAAUGCAAAACAAAUGAUCAGACUGCACAACAAACACCAACCAGACGUUCCUAGAGGAUAUUUGGCUGUGUACGUUGGAGAAAUCCAAAAGAAGCGAUUUGUGGUUCCUUUAUCUUACUUGGAUCAACCAUUGUUUCAAGAUUUGCUACGUAGGUCAGAGGAAGAAUAUGGGUUCAACUAUCCGAUGGGAGGACUUACCAUUCCAUGCCAAGAAAAGGCCUUUAUUGAUCUCACCGCCCUAUUACAAAUUUCAUAG